UUCACCUCCCUAUCCACCAAUGGCGAGCCUAGGAACAGACUUCCCGCUCCGGCAUCCGCCCCUGCGCGUAUUUAGGAACUACGAAGCACCGGCAAAAGAACAGGUGCACAUUCAGCCACAGUGGAUUGAAAGGGAGAACAUCACGAGGAGGCUGCUGGUGGAUUUCAGGACGAAGAGACAUUGCUCCGUUCCUACAUCACAAAAGACAAGCACUGAGGCGCCUCGUCUCUCAUCAUCGUACAAGCGCUUCAAGAGUCGGAUGGUGACCAGGCGGCUGAGCGCAGAGCAGCCUUUAGCCAGUAGCCCCAUGGUCGCCAGGGGGCGCCAUUCUCCCUGCCGAGAGGUCGACACGGUCUGUCAGAGACUGUCUCUGGAUUCACCGUCAGGGGGCGCAGCGAGAACCAAACUGACAGAAGAGCAGAGCACAGAGACAAGCCUCCAAGACAGCCACCCGUUGGACUGGAGUAACAGUGGAAUCGUGGCCAUAGCCCUGGGAUGUGACGUGUUCCUGUGGAAGGGGGACACACCCACUCUGCAGGGCUGCAUCCAUCCCAGAGCAGCACCUUCUCUCCCGCUGAGCCUGUCUCACUCUGUGUCUUCUGUGUCCUGGAGCAGAGAUGGAUGUACACUGGGCAUCGGGACCAAGGAGGGCGACGUGCAGCUGUGGGAUGUGGAGAAGAGGACCAGACUGAGAACUAUAACGUCACACCUCUCUGGAGUGGGGGCGCUUAGCUGGAACCAACACGUACUCAGCAGCGGUUCUGUUCUCGGGCUAAUCCAUCACCAUGACUACCGACUUGACACCCCGACAGUGGGUGUGUUCCAACAACAAGGGGCCGUGUGCGGGCUGGAGUGGGCGCCGCAAGGAGAUUGGCUGGCCAGUGGCUCAAUAGACGGCCUCCUCAACAUCUGGACCAAUGACCUGGGGUCUAAGACAAAGACACACCCACCUGCUAGGACAAUGACACAACCCAGUGCGGUCAAGGCUAUGGCAUGGUGUCCUUGGCAGAAGGAGCUGAUAGCCACAGGAGGGGGGCAGGGCGACGGUGUUCUGAGGAUCUGGAAUAACCAAUCAGGUACCUGCGUUGACUCCGCCCAGACCAACUCACAGGUGUGUUCCCUGGUCUGGUCAGAGGAGAGGAAGGCUCUGUUCAUUGGCCAUGGUCUUCCUCAUCACCACAUAACCUGCUGGAGCCCCUCCCCCUCACUGGAAGAGACCUACCAGCUACAUGGUCACAUGGGUCGUGUUUUGCACCUGGCCCUCAGUCCCAAUGGAACCAAGCUCCUCUCAGCAGGAGCAGACUGUCUGGGCCAUGUCUGGAACACCUAUGACACCUAAAACACCUAGGACACCUAAAACACCUAGGACACCUAAAACACCUAGGACACCUAAAACACCUAAAACAUCUAGGACACCUAAAACACCUAAAACAUCUAGGACACCUAAAACACCUAGGACACCUAAAACACCUAAAACAUCUAGGACACCUACAACACCUAGGACACCUAAAACACCUAGGACACCUAAAACAUCUAGGACACCUAAAACACCUAGGACACCUAAAACACCUAGGACACCUAAAACAUCCAGGACACCUAAAACACCUAGGACACCUAAAACACCUAGGACACCUAAAACACCUAGGA